UAAGAGGACCAAUGGAAACAGUGAUUCUGAGACGGUCCCCCCCUUAAAAUCCGGAUUUAUACCAACAAAUGUAGCAACAAGGAAAGAUAAAAAAUAAAAACAGAGAAACACUAUAUGCCAUAUAGCAGUAUUUUCUUUCUUUAAGACGUACUGUUUCAAGAGUUAGGCUUCAGUUACACGUACGAAUGAGUUGAAUGUGUUGCCAACACGAUGACUUCAGGAAAGUCCGACAUCAAUGAAAAGGUACUGCAGUACGAAACGUUCAUCGACGAGGUGUUGAAGCGAGAUUUACAAAGAGUGUUGGAGCAGAGAGAUGGUGUGUAUGAGAAGAUUGCUCAAUACCUACACCUGAAGAACACCAUUGAAAGUCUCCAGGAAUCUGGAUGUAAGGAUCUUAAGACUGAAGUGGACCUGGGAUGUAAUUUCUAUGUACAAGCUCAUGUUCAGGACUCUUCCAGGAUCUUUGUCGCUGUUGGUUACGGCUUUUUCGUGGAGCUCACUUUGCCAGAAGCGCUGAAAUUCAUUGAGAAGAAAACAAGCCAGCUGACUACAUACACAGAUGCAUUCACCAAAGAUGCAGCAAAGAUCAAAGCUAACAUUCGCAUGGUAUUGGAGGGGUUGAGAGAGCUUCAGGGACUGGCGGAUCUUCCAGAGGAGACGAGGAGGGAGGUGUGCUAGUUGCACAUCCAGAGGUUUCCAGGAAAGCUGGACAAUAACCUUGGUAUUUUUUUCGAUAUGGACAUAAAUAUUAGAUUUUUAUUUUACUCUAUACGUUUUAGAUGUAAUUAAGCCAUCGGCAGAGGUAUAGGAGUUGACCGGAACUUGAAUGUAUUGUUGGGUUUAAAAAAAAAAAAAAGUUAUAUAACAUUUUUGAACAUGUUUUAAAACUGAUAUGGCUCAGUACCAUCGUUUAAGUUUUACAUUGAUGUCUCCUGUGAGAAUAGUUCGUUUGUGGUAGCUUCUCUAAUUGUACAGUACUCGCAAAAAACUUCUGGCUCAUUUUUCAAGUUGACUGGAAAUGUACGACAUCCUGCAUAUUUAAGCAAGCUUCAUAUUUCUUUGGUUGUGGGCACGUGCAAAAUUGAAUUUGCACAUUUGAAAAUGAAACGUUUUGCUUUUGAUUUGUUUGCAUUCUACAUGUUGUGCGGACCAGAAUGCAGCCUGUUUUACAUUGGAGCCUUUCAGCUGUGUUGAGUUUUCCCAUCGUUCUCGUGCAGCAGAUGCUGUGUGGAGCACGUACCUGUGUGAUGGAGAAUAGACACGCCCUGUGCGCUUAAUAAAAACAAACCACAGAUAAAAGAGUGUACAUUCUGUAAAGCAACAUGAGCAAAAAUCUUAAACUUGUGAGUUAAUGCGUCUCCCACCUUUAUUAAAAAAGAAAAGAAAAACUUAAAAA